GGAAAUAAUAAUAAUAAAACACAAUAUUUUUUGUAAGGAGGUUUUUUUAAUUUUAAAUUAGAGGGGAGGGACGAAUUGGGGUUGUUUUCUAGGCGAAAAAUGUGUUGACAAUGAGUGGUGAUUUUGGAGGAGUUUUUUGUCGUUCCCUUUGGGAUCUUUUCUAUACCUUUAAAUUGGGAUUUUGUCAUCUUUCGAUAAAUAAGGGGUUUUUUAGUUUCUGGGACCUUAUUCUAAUUAAUUUUUUUAUCAACGUUCUCUUUGGUGUAGUCGGAAAUGUUUGGGAAUUUAUUAGUAAAAGGUCGGGGGUUCGAAUCCGUUUCGUGCUUACUCCAAAAUUACUUAAUGGUCUUGAAUUUAAUGAGCGUGUAACUGUUCAUGUUGUACACAAUGGACCUGCUAUUGAAAAUCCUUUGGAUUGGGACCCACAACGCCUUUUACGAAGAUAA